AAAAUUCAAUUUUUUUUCCUCGUAAAAUUCCGUUUUUUCCCAUAAAACCAAAAUAACAUCAAGGUGAUAGCCCCCACCUUUUUUCCAUUGGAUCCCUCACUAAAAUUCCAUUUUUCCCCCAUUUUUUCCAUUUGCAGCCCCAGCUGAAGGAGACUCCAGCACCCCCAUGGCGUUUGCAGCUCCCAAAUUCCCGGCCGGCUCCAGGCUCCGCCUCAGCUCCUGGACUCCCCUGAGCCAUCAGCUCAUGAACGACCAGGUAUUUGAAGAAAGAAGAGCCCUGCUUGGAAAAUGGUUUGACAAGUGGACAGAUGGCCAGAGGAGGAGGAUCCUGGUGGACCUGCUGGAACGCUGCUCCCUGUCCCAGCAGAAAUUCUGUGCCAAGCAGCUCCAGGCCCGAGUCCCCACCGAGGCCGUCGAUUUCACCACGAGGCUCCCUCGAGUCCUGUCCUUGUACAUCUUCUCCUUCCUGGAUCCACGGAGCCUCUGUCGAUGUGCACAGGUGAGCUGGCACUGGAAGUACCUGUCAGAGCUGGACCAGCUGUGGAUGCUGAAGUGCCUGCGUUUCGGGUGGCUCCUCGACUUCUGCCCCACGCCCUUGGAGCAGGGAGUCUGGAAAAACCACUACAUCCAGAUGGUGAGGGAGCUGCGCCUCACCCGGCCCAAGACUCCUUCCAAGGACGAGUUCGUCGUUAUUGACGUGCAACCAGUAAAAAGCAACGUCCCAGAGAGGAAACUUUCUGUGGCAGGGCUGGGGACGAGCAGGGGGAAAAAGGAGCUCCCUCCUUGGCGCUCAUCCGACAGGAACCCCACGGACACCGUCCGCUACAACUACCUGGACAACCAGCACCCCAUCGAGCAGGCCCGGCAGGCGAGGAGGAAGGGAGGAGGGCACACCCCGGACCUGAGCAGGCAGGAGGCCCAGAGGAAGAGGAGAGGAGGAUCCGCUCUGCUCAGGAAGGUGAAAUCCCUGCAGCUGUCCCUCUCUGCAGACGCUGAUCCUGUCCCAAAGCCCCCGGUCCGUCCCAGCUGGGCCCGACCUGCCCAUGCCGGGGCCCCGCCCGCCAAGGCUCUGGCCCGGAGCUCCCUGUGGAACGCCGGGAUCCGCCCGGGGCCCGUCCGAGCGCCAAAACCGCGGCACGGAGGAGCUGCAGAUGCCACCAGGGGGGACACCGGGUCCCCGUCACCUGCUCUGUUUGAGGCUCAGCCCUGGCACAUUCCUUCAUCCAACCAAGGAUCAGACACGGAAUGAGGGAGGAUCCAGAGCAUCCUUCAUCCCAGCAGAACAGGAAUUU